UUUUGGUUUUGCAAAUAAAUGUGAUUUUGCGCCAAAUUGUUCAAAAUUUUCUAUCAUUAUUUGCAUAUUUAAUUAAUAACUGAAAUAAACGAGAAUGUCUUUUAAAUGUCAAGAAGAUAGUUUUCUCCAACAGUUUGAAACAACGGUACUUUCUUGUGAAAGAGCCACUCUGAAUGUAUCAUUGUCCAAUGAUGAUGAUGGAGAAAAUGUUGGACGUCUAGAAGGAUAUAAUGUAAUCUGUGAAGAUACUAUUCUUUUUCCGAAAAGCGAUGGACUACCAUGUGAUAAAGGCACAAUCAAUGGUUUUCCUGUAAGAAAUGUUACAAAAACAGAAAAUGGUGCUGCAGUACAUUUUGUAGAAAUGCUAGACCCUUUUGUUGCGAGUAUCAAAGUUAUACAAACGGUAGAUUGGGAUCGUCGAAUCGAUUACAUGCAGCAACAUUCUGGGCAACAUUUAAUUACCGCCUUAUUUGAAAAAGAGUAUCAAUUUAAUACAUUAUCCUGGUAUUUAGGCAGCGAUGCAGCCUAUAUAGUCUUACCAGGAAAUCUAGUAGUAGGUCGGCCACAACUCAACAUUAUUGAACGUAAGGCCAACGAUUUAAUAUGUGAAGGUAAAAAUGUUGAUGUUCUAUCAGUCGAAGCUAACGAAACUCCAAGUGUAAGUAAUAAAGAUGAUAAAAAGUUUGAUACGAUUGAACCACCUUUGACUAAAGCUGGUUUAGCACGUACCGUGCGUAUUGAUGGCAUUGGGAAUUUUGUGUGUAGAGGAAUGCAUGUUAGAAAUCUCUCACAAUUACAAUGCAUUAAACUACUUUAUGUGGAAAAAUUUUCAGGAGGAUGGCGAGUACAUUAUGUUGUCGGAGAACGUAUUAUGCGAAAAUUGGGAGAUUUUUAUAAACGAGAAAAACUAUUUAGAUUGGCUUUACGAGGUGCAUCACCAACGCAACAUGCAAGCUUUGUAGAUGAUAUACAAACAGAAUUCGAAAAUUCUACGACUGCAUUAGACAAAGUCCUUAAAGAUUUUACCGAUUUCCAUAUUGAAAAAUUACAAACUAUGCAGCCACGUCCACAAUAUUACUGCUUACAUCGUACAUAUGGUAUGGAGCCAGAUUUUAUUAACACUUUUUUGGAAAGAGCACCAGAAGAUAUUUUUUAUUUUCUGACUGUUUCUGAAAAUAUGCCACGUGGUGGUAAAGGCAUUAUGGUAUUACGAGGUGAACCUGAUCUUAUACAAAAGUUUGGAUUGUUGUUUUCUGAUAUACUUGAUGGAGAAGGAAGUGGAGAAGGUAAUCGAUUUGAGGGAAAUAUUAUUUAUAGUGUUGAUAAAGUUCCUGAUUGUGAAGCUUUACUGGAGGAGCAUUUCGAUAUGAUAGACUAAUUGCUAAAGUUUCAUAAUUUUUGUAUUUCACUUUUUAAUAAUUAUGAAUUAAUUGAA